UGUACUGUGUCCGCAGUCUCUGGUCAUCCCCUGUACUGUGUCCGCAGUCUCUGGUCAUCCCCUGUACUGUGUCCGCAGUCUCUGGUCAUCCCCUGUACUGUGUCCCACAGUACAGGGGAUGACCAGAGACUGCGGACACAGUACAGGGGCCUGUACAGGGGUGUCCGCAGUCUCUGGUCAUCCCCUGUACUGUGUCCGCAGUCUCUGGUCAUCCCCUGUACUGUGUCCGCAGUCUCUGGUCAUCCCUGUACUAUGCCUGCAGUC